CCCCCCCCCCCCCUCCUCUCCUGCUUUGCCCGCCACCUUCUGGCCUGCCAAGUGCUCCGGCCACUCUCCCCCCUUGUGCCUUGUCUGCCCGGCCGCGGGUCCAUUGGAUUUGCAUCCACCACACGAGGGAUGCCCCCUCGUACGCGCCCGGCGGCCGAUGCGAUGCCCCCAGCCAAGCGUCCGGCCCCGGACAUUGAGCCAGUCUCCCCGCUGGUGGUUGAGCCGCUGAUGUACUUCCUCCAGGCAGCCCUGAAAGAGGUGCCGGCCUUGAUGGUGGCCGGAGAGCCUGCGACCGUCGGCGGCCGGCGCCCGCUGCGCCUUGCACAUCUUGGUUGCGGCAGUGGCCGGCUGACGCAGCACCUUGCCCGGCUGGCGAUCCCGGGUGCUCGGGACUUCGGCCCGGGACUGGUGCAUGUCAUCGGGGUUGACCAUGAUCUGGCCAAGAUUCGCCAUGCCCGGCUGGUGGCCCGGGCCAGCGCCUCCCUCUGCUCGCCGGGCGCCCUGCCGGUGGUCGACUCCGAGGGGCAAAUGCCCCAAGGGUCGGCCGGGCCGGAGAGCUACUUCCCGAUGUCGCUGCCGGGGGCCGGCGGCUUCCUGCCCCUGCCACUGCCGGUGUUCGGGGAGAACAUCCGGCCAGUUGCCAGCAGCCCCGGUGGAGGCCACCUCGCACGCUGGCUCCGGUCCAGCCGCCAGCACAAUGCCCCGGUUGACGUGCGCCAGGGCGAGCGUCUGGAAGCCGCCGCCCUGGAUGCCCGGCGCCGAAUGCUGGCGCUUGGCGACCCGCUGCCGGUGGCCGAUGCGGCGGCCGCCUUGAAAAAUGCCCCUCCGGCGGACUUGCCACUGCAGGAGGAGCAGGGCCCUCGCCUUGAUCGACUCCGGUGGCCUUUCAAUGUGGCUCUUCUGUGUGCGGACCUUUUGGCAUCCGGGGCUGAUGACACCCCGCUGGACGAUGUCCAUCCUUCCCUGGGGGAGGUCCUCCACCCGGGCACCUUCGACGUGGUGUAUUGCUCGAGCCUCCUGCGAGCCGCCCUGCAAAAUGGCGAGCACGCCCUCCGAGCAGUGGUCGACCUGGCUGUGGCCUUGCUGGACCCGGCGCUUGGCGGGGCGAUCAUCCUGCACGUGCCGGCAGCCAGGAAGCGCCGCGGCGGCGUCCCCUUCGAUGAGGCCGGCCGGAGUCGGCUACAUGCUCUUCUUUCUGACCGCGUCGCGGCGCUCUGCCAAGCUGACGAUCGGCUCCGGAGCGCCGUGAUUCCUUUCAACACUCCCAAGGAGCGCGGGAUCAUCCUUCAUCGCCUGCCGGCGCCCGCAAAUACCGAUCAAGGGAAAUAGACGGCCCCGCUUGCCAGCCGGGAAAUGCC